CGCUGACGAGACUCGCAUCAUCUGAAAUCACUUCACCCAAACUGUUGUUAAAAUCCACCGCCGCCUGCUGGGAAAAGUGCCGUCCUGCAUAAUUGAUGGGCCGCGCGGCGAUCCAUCCUCUUGAGCGUCUUUUUGAGUGCUACACUCAUUGAUCAUGUCAUGAAGCCAGAGGUUUCGGCCGCAGCUGUGGUCGCAGCUCCUUCGCAGUCGCCUCCCCGCGCCGCCUCGGCUCUCCAGCUCCAGCGGAACCGCGUCUCUCCUGCCAAGUUGGUGCUGAUGUGACGACGAGCCUCGCCAGCUGCGGAUGUCCCUCAAUAAUUCCAGCGUCUUCCUGCUAAACGAGGGUUCAGCCGAUUCCUACACAAGUCGACCCUCUGAUUCCGACCUGUCCCUGGAGGAGGACCAGGAGGCGUCUCGGCGUGAAGCCGAGCGCCAGGCUCAGCUGCAGCUGGAGAGAGCCAAGGUCAAACCGGUGGCAUUUGCAGUGAAAACCAACGUGAGCUACUGCGGUGCGCUGGACGAGGACUGUCCCGUCCAAGGUGCCGCCAUUAACUUUGAAACCAAAGACUUUCUGCACAUCAAAGAGAAGUACAACAAUGACUGGUGGAUCGGCCGGCUGGUGAAGGAGGGCGCGGACAUCACCUUCAUCCCCAGCCCUGUCAAACUGGAAGCCAUGAGGAUCAAGCAGGAGCAGAAGGCGGCGGCGAGGAAGGGGGGCAACGCUUCGUCCGGAGGCUGGAGGUCCACGCCGCCCUCCGCAGCCAAACAGAAGCAGAAGCAGACGGAGCACGUUCCUCCUUACGACGUGGUUCCUUCCAUGAGGCCGGUGGUGCUCGUGGGCCCCUCGCUGAAAGGCUACGAGGUGACCGACAUGAUGCAGAAGGCGCUGUUCGACUUCCUCAAGCACAGGUUUGACGGCAGGAUCUCCAUCACCAGGGUGACGGCGGACCUGUCUCUGGCCAAGCGCUCGGUGCUCAACAAGAAGGCCAUCAUGGAGCGCUCCAACACCCGCUCCAGCCUGGCCGAAGUUCAGAGCGAAAUCGAAAGGAUCUUCGAGCUUGCCAAGUCCCUGCAGCUGGUGGUCCUGGACGCGGACACCAUCAACCACCCGGCUCAGCUCCUCAAGACGUCCCUGGCUCCCAUCAUCGUCUACGUCAAAGUCUCCUCGCCCAAAGUUCUGCAGAGGUUGAUCAAGUCUCGAGGAAAGUCCCAGAGCAAACAUCUCAACGUCCAGAUGAUGGCGGGAGACAAGCUGGCUCAGUGUCCCCCGGAGAUGUUUGACGUCAUCUUGGACGAGAACCAACUCGAGGACGCCUGCGAGCACCUGGCCGAGUACCUGGACAUCUACUGGCGGGCCACUCACCUGCCCUGCGCCGUCCCGGUCAAUCCUGGGCUGGACCAGAGCGUGGUCACCCCCCCGUCCGCCAACUCCAGCCAGCAGUUUUCAGAGACUCAAGAGCUGAUCGAGUGACCCGGACCACAGGAGACGGUGAAGAGACGCCUCCUUCGUCAGUCUGCUCUGUGACGGUGUCUGGUGUGGCCAGGGGCCUCCUGAGCACAAGCCCCCGUCCCACCACCAACUCAGGGCCCGAGUCGCAGAGCUGUGACACCACCGUCCCUCACACCAUCGUGGUGUGUGUCUGCAGCACACACACACACACUCAUCACUGUAGCUCAGCCACACAGACCUAUAAGCUUCCCAACUGAGGCUGGAGGUUCUCGUCCUCCUCUGCUGCUCCAGGUGACCUCAGUUCUCCCUGCACUUGUUUACCGUAGCAACUCUUCUCUGCUGGAUGUGGAUUCUCUUCUGCCGCUGCCGUGAUCGACACCUGUCUGGUUUAUUGAGGUUUAAGUGGAACAGUUGAGCUGUUGUUCCUUUGCUCCUAGAGGAACUGAAACAUUUAUGUUUUUCAUUCAAUUAAAUAUUUAUUAUUAUGCAGAGUAAGAGGUUAGUUUCAGUGUGGACCAAACCAACACUUUCAAUACGCUUGAAAUCAGUUCCCCAGAAUCUCUGAUACCAUUCACAUGACUAUUUCCUGAAAAAAAAAAAAAUUCCAACAUCCGAUGUUCAAAUGUAUUUAAUUCAUUAUUUAAAAUGGCGUUCCGUGAAUAUUGUCCACAAGGGGGCGCCAGAGUGACCUUGUCAAACGCAGAAUGAUGAAGGUUUCGUGAGGUCCAGAUUGAUCAACCGAACUGUCGUCUGUCCCAGUCGCCAGUGUAAAUACUGAUAUCUGCAUGAGAAACUCGGGAAGGGCUUCACGGCGCCACCCACCCACCAGGAGAAACUGUAAAUCUUGUUGUAAAUACCCGGCAUUUACUCGGCAAAUGUAUUUAUAUCCGGUUGCACAAAUGUGACUUGAAGCUUCGAGCACAACAGUUGCGUGUGCUGAAGUGCUUUCACUGUAGAACCAAAUCCGUGCUGUUUCACUGUAGCGAACGCACUUCCGAGGCCCUGUCUCCUCAGUGACAGUCAGGAUUUGUAUGUCCUGCUCAUGAUGUGCUGUUUUCCAGUGAAGAGAAACGCUUCAGCGCGUCGCGACUCCUCCAAAGCAAAGCACAACCUUCUCGGACUUGCACUACUGUCUUGGAUGCAAUAACCGCACAGAUGAUGUCACUCGUCUACAGUUAAGCCAAUAAAAUAUCCAAACAACUUCUGUCUGGUGUUUUUGACCUGUGCGGAGUACGGAGCCCCUGAGGUGACAUUUGGACCACGCGUCAUUCUACCACCUACACCCUAAAAUGUUAUACGAUGGGCUCCGUAUUCCAGUGUUAUGUCUUUGUUAUCACAAUUGUACUUUGUCCUCAAAUCCAGAUAGACCUAGAUUGGAGUUGCAUUUGCUGUUAUAUUUGUGCCGUGUCAUCUCUUUGUUUGCUUCAUGCUAUUCAGCUUUUUAAUUAUGUUCUUUAAGAAUUCCACUUUCUAAACUGUAGAAUAUAAAGUAGUGAAGUAGACUGUAUAAGAAACUUUGUUUGAAAGUCUCUAUUGGAUAAUAAUGUUCAAACGAGUGGAAGUGGAAGGCUAGCGUCUGGAAUUCAUUCUGAAUUUGAAGCAAACGUUUUAUUUUCGAACAAAUUUUCGCUUGUACUUUGUCCAUCUGACCACAGGGCGGCGGUGUCGCGGAGCAACGACUGGAACACCGGAAGUCUGAACAAGCGUUCCGGAAACCACUAUGCAAACUAGCCGGUUCAAGCAUCUGUGGCCAAACGAGCUCUGUAAAGUAUUUUUUUUUAUAGUUUCCCCGAAUGCUAAGGUUGUUUGUAUGUCCGCUUUGCAGCAGCUCAUGCGAGCAGACAGCUCCUGGACGUUUGUUUUUGGUUCCUGCUGGAGAGAAACACAAGCGGUUUGGUGUUUGAAAGUGUUUUAAUGCACAAAUGUCCGAAUCAGUUCAGCCAGAUAAAUUCUGCAGAACAGUCAUGUGUGAAUGAACAACAAACAUGGUGGCGAAUUGAACAUUGAAGUCUUUUAGU